AUGACGGCCCACUUGCAACCUGCUGACUCCGCGUGGUUCAAGCCUCUAAAGGACAACCUCAUGGAAAGCUCCGACGAAUGGAAGCUGAUCGGAGACUUUGAUUACACUCGUGGUGGAAACGUCAAAGCUCCUCGCAACACGGUGGUGCACAGCUGGUUGACUCGCGCUUGGAAGGCGGUGUCUGCCGAAACAAUCGUCACUAGCUUUCGACGCUGUUUCCUCGGAGCCGAUGAUCAACUUGCGCUGAGAAAGCAUUCCAUCUACGGGGAGGCUAUCAAAGAAGCUCUGGAGAACCAGCGUGGUGACGCUGAUGCGGCCACAUCAGUCGAAGCUGACCAAGUCCUGGAGGAGGAUAGCGACUCGGACGGUGGUAACGAUUUCGUAGUUAGCAUCGCCGAACUUACGCUGUAG